AUGCUGCGCCUCUCACUUUAUCCCCACAACCUGCCACAUGUAGGCUUGAAUAGUGCGGCCGAUCACUUUGGCCUCCGCUACCGCAAGGAGAUGUCAUCAGACCGAGCCGGGCUCAAGAGGCAUGACGGCCCCAGCCAACCAGUCAGACUUGCACCCAUCGAGAGGAGUAAAUGGGCACAACUUAAAAGACCAACCGAAGGUACGGGGAGACGCAGGAAUAGAAGACAAACCGACUGA